AGAGAUCUCACCGCUGACAGAAGUCGCGCACUUGUACUCUUCCUUGAGGUUUUAUAUUUAGCAAACCAAACCCUUUAUGUAGUCUUCUUUUUUUUUCUUACAAGAUUUCUGAUUUCUUAUUUUGAGCACAUCACAGGGCAUCCUCGGAGCGCCAGCACAGACGCUGAUUCUGUCACCCUGCUGCGGUCCUCGCUGGAGCUGUGAGAUUUCAGAAAGCACCGCAGGACCCAGAACUGCAAAACUGUUUGAAGUAGAGGGCUUCCUCUUGUCCCACGCGCCCAUGGAAGGCGAUGUUAUGGAUAAACUAGAUGACAUGGCCUCAGUGUCCGAAUUCGACCCUGUCACGGGGGAUAUUCCCGCCACCAAAGUGGAGAUCACCGUCUCGUGCAGAAACCUGUUAGAUCGAGACACGUUCUCAAAGUCUGAUCCUUUGUGUAUUCUGUACACUCAGGGAGCAGAGUCUAAGCAGUGGCGUGAGUUUGGGAGAACUGAAGUCAUCGACAACACCCUGAACCCAGACUUUGUGAGAAAGUACAUCCUGGACUAUUUCUUCGAGGAGAAGCAGAAUUUGCGCUUUGACAUAUAUGACAUUGACUCCAAAAGUCCUGAUCUAGCCAAACACCCCUCCGAUUUCAACGACUUCCUGGGUCAGAGCUUCUGCACUCUGGGUGAGAUAGUGGGUUCACCGGGCAGUCAUCUGGAAAAGCCUUUGGGCGGCAUCCCUGGGAAGAAUUGUGGCACCAUUAUUCUCACUGCAGAGGAACUCGGAAACUGUCGAGACUGUGCAACAAUGCAGUUCUGUGCACAUAAGCUGGAUAAGAAAGACUUCUUUGGCCGCUCUGACCCGUUCAUGGUGUUCUACAGAAGUAAUGAGGACGGAACAUUCACUAUCUGCCAUAAAACUGAGGUGGUAAAGAAUACGUUGAACCCCGUCUGGCAGCCGUUCACCAUUCCUGUCAGAGCACUGUGCAAUGGAGAUUAUGACAGGUCAAUUAAAGUGGAGGUGUACGACUGGGACAGAGAUGGCAGUCAUGAUUUUAUCGGGGAGUUCACCACCAGCUUCAGAGAGCUCUCUCGUGGCCAGAGUCAGUUCAACGUGUACGAGGUGGUGAAUCCUAAAAAGAAGCUUAAAAAGAGAAGAUACAUCAACUCUGGCACGGUGACACUGCUUUCAUUCUUGGUGGAAGCCGAACACACGUUUCUGGACUACAUCAAAGCAGGCACUCAGAUCCAUUUCACAGUGGCCAUUGAUUUCACUGCAUCCAAUGGGAACCCUUCUCAGUCUACCUCCCUGCAUUACAUGAACCCCUAUCAAAUGAACGCAUACGCCAUGGCGUUGAAGGCCGUGGGAGAGAUCAUUCAGGACUAUGACAGCGAUAAGAUGUUUCCUGCAUUGGGCUUUGGAGCCAAGCUUCCUCCUGAUGGCCGGGUUUCCCAUGAAUUCCCCCUGAAUGGUAAUGUAGAUAACCCAUACUGCAAUGGGAUGGAGGGCAUUCUAGAGGCCUACCACGAGAGUUUGAAGACUGUCCAGCUCUAUGGACCCACCAAUUUUGCUCCUGUCAUCAACCAUGUAGCAAGGUAUGCUGCAGCAGUUCAAGACGGCUCGCAGUACUUUGUGCUUCUCAUCAUCACAGACGGUGUGAUAUCAGAUAUGGCUCAGACUAAAGAAGCCAUCGUCAAUGCGGCAAAACUACCUAUGUCCAUCAUUAUUGUUGGAGUUGGACAAGCUGAAUUUGAUGCCAUGGUAGAACUGGACGGCGACGAUGUAAGAAUAUCCUCCAGAGGAAAGCUGGCAGAGAGGGAUAUUGUACAGUUCGUUCCAUUCAGAGACUACAUGGACAGGACGGGAAACCAUGUCCUGAGUAUGGCACGGCUUGCCAAGGAUGUCCUGGCCGAGAUCCCGGAUCAGUUAAUCUUAUAUAUGAAGUCAAGGAGCAUCAAGCCCAACCAGACACCACCAGACUACAGCCCACCUGGGCUCAGCCCAACCCCCACCGUAUGAGUUUAUCCAGCCUGCUGAAAGAAAACAGGCGAUGUUAUGUCACCACCAAUUUGGAUCUCAUUCAAAGCCAGUACAACUGAUACAGUGUGAGGCAUCUAGGAAAGCGGAUGGUUUCAAUUCCCAGUUUUUGGAUCUAAUACACUGGAGAAAUUGAAAACUGUAUGUGUGUUCUGGAGAUUGAACUGUAAAAGACGGCUCUUAUUGGUUUGUGAGUUUGUGUCCCCAAUCAUAAUUUCUUUACAAAUUAGCCAACACUAUGAAAAUCUAUAAGAUCUGCGCAUCUGCGUUUUCUGUUUAGAGGUUUACUUGUGAAAAUGUAAGAGGUUGUUUGAAUAUUAUAACCUGAAUGGGUGAUUUGUUUAGUGAAAUUGUUUGAUUUGUGUCUAGAAUUUGUAGAAAAGUCUUUUUAGUACGAAGGAAUAUUUCCCAUUGCGUUUUCCCAUUCAUAGCUUUUUAGAGCUAUGAUAAACAAGAUUUUCUAUUCUUACGCAUGAAAUCCAGGUAAAAUCACUUGUACAUUGCAUUAAUACAUUGUAUUUAAUGUAUUUACAUACUUUAGAUGAAAUUAGUUAAGAAAAUCCAGUGUUAAAGUGAAAAGCACAAAUAUUUUCUUAAAGCUGUAAAAUUUGUAAAUGUUAACAAGAGGUCACAGAUUCAGAUUCAGAUUCAUUACACUGUAAACAGACUGAAAUUUCAUGCACAAUCAGCUCUCAAGAACACCAAAUUUACUUUCCAGCAGUUUAAUUUGUCCCUCCAGUUCCUUGCUCUGGAGCCGCUAUAUCUUGAUAUUGUGCAGCAACUCCUUAGACACGUGAGUUAUCAGGGGAAUCAUGAGAGAUUCCUCGCCGCUCGCUGCUGAAGAUGAUUGGGGAUGAGGCAGUGUCUGCUGUUUUUCUUAUAGCACAGUCUGACUCACCUGCAGCUGCCCGUGUCCAGCUUUAACCUUUGCCCUCUCAUUCCCGGGAUUCUCCCUGGAGUUUAAAUCACUUUUCUAUUCGUCACCAUGGCAGCAAUUAUUUUACUGGUUUCAAAAGAUGAAAGACACAUUGCAUGCAGCUGAAAUUGCAUUACAUACAGUACAAUUAUAAUGCCAUUUUGUUAAAAUGUUCUACCUUUGAAUCAUUUAUAGCAUUGGCAUACUGACAGGAUAAGCACUGAACACAAGUAAUUUAAUAAACUUGCCUUACAUACAGUAAGUUUACAUUAAAGGUUGACAGCAAGCAUAAAUUAAAAACAGUAUUUUACUGUAUAUGCAGUAUUAUUACGUACUAAGGAAUUGCAUAUUCAUUUCUUUUCUAAUUUUACAACCUUAAAAAGCUUAAAACAUUCAGUUAAAUCUCAUAAUCUUAUAAACUAUAAGAUUUACUCAUUUAGCAUACACAGCCUUGUAUACAGCUUCUUUUGUUUGAGGUCCAUUUUGAAAAUGAAUAAUAAUCACUAUUCUCAGACAAAUCUGUACGUAUCAGUAAAUACUGACUGUCUUGCUUUUUUUGGACAACAGGGCCGUUUAUACUUGUUCUUACCCACAGUUUUGAUACAUUUUCUCCUUGUCCAGUAAAUGUUGACAUCUCUGCUUGUUUGUCCCAAGUUGUACCAGUGUUUUGGUUUUACAACAUCUAUCUGUUAAUAUAAUUCAGAUUAUGAACUGUGAAGAUUAUCUGCAGUUUUAUUUUUAAAUCUCCACUGGUCCUCAAACUACACAUUUGUAAGUGAGCACAGAUGUUUACAAGAUGUGAAUGCCUCCUUUUUAACCCACUUUUACAAUAUGAAUGAGAAUGUUCUUUCACAAUGAUUGUUCAAUUUAGAAAAUCUGCUCCCAGAUUACAAGACAAUGUGUUUAAACACCUUUCUUUUACCGUGAGUUAUCAGCACACCUGGAGUUACUAAGAAUGAAGUGAUCCUUCAGUCCAUUAGGAGGUGAAGAUCAAGCCUGGAAAGGGAUCAUUGGGUGAAAGGGUCUGUUUGAGAGUGUUAACAGGUGGAUUGAUUUUGAAGGCUUAUUUACUCUUCACUGGAUAUUGUUAUUGGAAAACUAGUAGAUAAUAGUCCUUUUACUGUUAAGAAGAACAUUAUUUUUCAUGUGACUUUUUUUGUUUUGUUUUUCCCAAGGGGCUUUCUAUUGUAGUCUGUUUCUCAAAUGUAAACCUGGAAUUUAUACUUAAAUGUAACCUUUUUUAAUCCUAUUUAAUAUUUAUGAAUGCAUUGCUGCUAGGUGGCUUGUAAAUCCGAAGAACAAAUUACAAGCAUCCUGAAACACAUGUAUAUCAUGCUUCAGAGAAUGUUAAUGGGUUCAUUGUAUGGCAUGGUGUAAAUUUAGCAAAUAGAGUUUUUUCCCCCCACUAUAAUAAAGGCAGUAAGUUAUAAAGUAGUGCACAAAACCAUUGCAAAGAGGUAAUAGUAGAAAAAGUGUAAAUUAUGUGUUAAAGAUAUGGCCCUUGUCCAGUGCCAGCAUUCCCUCUGUGAGAUAUGCAUAUUGUGCCAAAAUGGCAGACUGGUUCAGUGACAAACUGGCUUAUUGAUCUGUGUUUAGCCUCUGCUGCUAUACUCGCCUCAUAACUGAAAUACAGAGCAUGACGCAUCCCAUCCUUGCUGGAUUCCUUUUCCUUCUCUCUUUUUCUCUUCUUCUUCGCCUCUUUUUAUCACAGUCGAUAUGCAUGGUGAGCUAUUUCCAAAACCGAACAUAGAACAUUGCUGUUGUCAUUCCUGUGGUCUGUGAAAUUGGUAACGAUUGCCUUAAAAAUUGAAAUGAAUAAAACAAUGACAACGUU